UUAACAUUGAGAUCUUUCCGAGUGUUUCGACACAGAGGAGUACAAAAUUUUUCCGCUUCGUCUACUUUCUUCUGCAUUUCCGAAGUUCCAACAAAUUUGUCAAUGGCGGAUGGAACAACCAGGAAAAUCUCAGCUUCUUCUGCAAGAGCUCACACUCGCAAACCUAAAUCCAAGUCUCCUUUAAAAAGUUCAGGGAUCUUCAAGAAACUUCUAUUGGUUUUCUUCGUGGGAAUCUUGGCUUGGGCUUAUCAGGCAACAAAGCCUCCCCCACCGAAGAUCUGUGGCUCGAAAGAUGGGCCUCCAGUUACAUCUUCGAGAAUACAGCUCAAGGAUGGAAGGUACUUGGCCUACAAUGAGUUUGGUGUGCCAAAGGAUAAUGCGAAGCACAAGAUCGUGUUUGUCCAUGGCUUCGAUACUUGCAGGCAUGACGUCUCUGCUAUAACUGCAGGGCUCUCCCCGGAUAUUGUUGAAAGCCGAGGGAUUUAUAUUGUUUCAUUUGACCGACCUGGUUAUGGAGAGAGUGAUCCUAACCCUUCCGCAACACUUAGAAGCAUUUCUUCUGACAUCGAGGAGCUUGCUGAUCAGUUGGCUUUGGGAUCCAAAUUUUACAUUGCUGGAUUCUCCUUGGGCGGGGAGAUUGUGUGGACCUUCCUUAAGUACAUUCCUCACAGGUUGGCAGGAGCAGCUCUGGUUGCACCAGUGGUGAACUAUUGGUGGAAGGGUAUUCCUUCGAACCUCACUGCAGAAGCAUAUAAGCAGCAGCUUCCUCAGGACCAAUGGGCACUUCGUGUAGCUCACUAUGUUCCGUGGCUUAACUACUGGUGGAACACCCAAAAGCUGUUUCCUGGUCUGAGUCUUAUCGUUCACAGCCCGAAAGUUCUCUCUCGUCAAGAUGCAGAACUAAUACCAAGUAUUGUCUCUAUACGACAGGAUAUUAUGGCACAGGUAAGGCAGCAGGGUGAGUUCGAGUCCAUUCACCGUGAUCUCGCAUUCGCCUUUGGGAGGUGGGAAUUCGACCCAACGGAGGUGAGAAACCCCUUUCCAGAAGGCUCAGGCUCAGUUCACCUAUGGCAGGGUGAUGAGGACUGCCUCGUCCCUGCCAUACUGCAGCGUGAGAUCGUCCGCCGGCUGCCAUGGAUUAACUACCACGAGACGGGCCUUCGGUUACAGCUCAAGGAUGGAAGGCACUUGGCCUACAAAGAAUUUGGGGUACAAAAGGAUAAUGCAAAGCACAAGAUAGUGUUAGUCCAUGGCUUCGGUGCUUGCAGGCAUGACAUGUCUAUUAUAACUGCAGGGCUCUCCCCGGAUAUUGUUGAAAGCCGAGGGAUUUAUAUUGUUUCGUUUGAUAGACCUGGUUAUGGAGAGAGUGAUCCUAACCCUUCCGCAACACUUAGAAGCAUUUCUUCUGACAUAGAGGAGCUUGCUGAUCAGUUGGAUUUAGGAUCCAAAUUUUACGUUGCUGGAAUCUCCUUGGGUGGGGAGAUCGUGUGGACCUGCCUCAAGUACAUUCCUCACAGGUUGGCAGGAGCAGCUCUGGUUGAACCAGUGGUGAAUUAUUGGUGGAAAGGUAUUCCUUCGAACCUCACUGCAGAAGCAUAUAAGCAACUUCUUCCUCAGGACCAAUGGGGGCUUCGUGUAGCUCACUAUGCACCGUGGCUUAACUACUGGUGGAACACCCAAAAGCUGUUUCCUGGUGUGAGUGUUAUCGCUCUCAGCCCCAAAAUUUUCUCUCGUCAAGAUGAAGAACUAAUACCGAGGCUGCGCUCUAUACGACAAGAGUUUGUGGCUCAGGUAACGCAGCAGGGUGAGUUCGAGUCUAUUCACCGUGAUCUGGCAUUCGCCUUUGGGAAGUGGGAAUUCGACCCAACGGAGGUGAGAAACCCCUUUCCUGAAGGCGAAGGCUCGGUUCACCUGUGGCAGGGUGAUGAGGAUCGCAUCGUCCCUGUCAUACUGCAGCGUGAGAUCGUCCGCCGGCUGCCAUGGAUUCACUACCACGAGCUACGUGGCGUGGGCCACUUGUUUCCACUUGCUGAUGGAAUAGCUGAUUCAGUCAUACAAGCACUUGUUUCUUAAGGUGCUUGCAUUAGAUUACAUGAAUUCGUAUCACAUUUUGAUAACUUUAUUGGGUUGUUUCGUCUAAUUUUAUGAGUAUUUUGUUUCAAAUCUUGUUUUCUU